AUGGCGCUAGACGACGACCUCCAAAAGGCCCUAGACAGGCGUGCGGCCAAAGGAACACUCCGCCAACUCACCAUCUUUCCUACCACAUCCGCCUCAACUGAUCCUUCCUCCAGCAACCAAAGACCACUCGCCGAUUUCUCUAGCAACAACUAUCUGAGUCUCGCCACGUCUUCUCGCGUUCGAGCAGACUUCGCAUCACUCAUCAACUCCAAUGCCUCGCUCAACUCUCAACUUGGCAGCGCAGGCUCGCGUUUGCUCGAUGGCAAUUCUUCCAUCCACGAAUCCAUCGAAACUGAGCUCACGCAGCACUUUGCUUCAUCUACAGCAGGAUUGCUCUUCAACUCUGGGUACGAAGCAAACGUUUCGCUACUAAGCACGUUGCCUCAACCUCAAGACAUAGUGCUGUACGAUGAGCUAGUGCAUGCUUCUGUUCACGAUGGGCUGCGUCGAUCUCGUGUACCUACCCACUUGCGAAUCCCUUUCAGGCAUAGCUCCGUCUCUCACCUCCGCGAGAUCCUCUCACAACUCACACGGAAGGGAACACUUGCGUCCAGCUCAAGUGAUGGGGAAAGAAACAUAUGGCUAGCAGUCGAAAGCGUUUAUUCUAUGGAUGGCGACAUCUGCCCCUUUCGCGAACUACUCGAUACCCUGUCAGAAUUUGUCGCGGAAGACCGAAUCUGCGCUGUGAUUGACGAAGCGCAUUCUACCGCACUGUAUGGCUCGCGCGGUCGAGGGCUAGUCAAUGCGCUCAACCUCCAGGAUGACACGAGAGUCAAAGCAAGACUCAUGGCCUUCGGAAAAGCAUGGGGUGCAAGCGGAGCUAUCGUUCUCUGCAGUCAAGUAGCAAGGCACUAUCUGAUCAACUAUGCAAGGCCGCUCAUCUUCAGCACUGCACUCGGAUAUCCUCAGCUAGCAUCGAUCGAGGCUAGUUUUAUCUCGGUAAAGGAUGGGGAUGCUGAAAGGAGGGCUAGGAGGACUUUUGCCAAUUCGAGGCGGUUGGUUGAUGGGAUUGAGCGUGCUAUCCAAGCCCAGAAAGCAGGUGGGGGGAGGCGAACGGUCGCGUUACCGCCUCAUCUUAAGCCUAACACCCAGAGCCUAGGGAAGGAAGAGGGGAACGACUUUGUGAAAUGGUCAAUGCAGCAGCCUUCGCCGAUCAUUCCUUUGUUGACGACACAAGCCAGGGAGCUGGCAGCGCAUUUGAGAGCAAAUGGUCUACUGGCUAGACCGAUCUGUCAUCCGACAGUACCGAAGGGGGGAGAUAGGGUGAGGAUCUGUGUUCAUGCUGACAACACGGUGGAGGAUGUUGAUAGGUUGGUCGAUUGUGUGAGGAGGUGGGUGGAUGAUGGAAGGCAAGAGCAGCAGCCCAGCCAGCAAUCAAAAACGGGUACGGGUCGGAAACUGACAUCUGCUCAGUUGCUCGCUUCAAAGUUGUAG